AUGCAGAUGCCCGAACAUGAUCCGUACGAGGUCCUUGGGAUACCUUCAACAGCUCAGACGGCCCAGAUCCGGACAGCAUACAAGAAACUAGCACUCAAGUUUCACCCCGACAAGAUCCAGGACGAGUCUCUUCGGGAAAAGGGGACUGUCGAGUUCCGGAAGAUACAGGAGGCCUACGAGUUCAUCUCCGACGAGUCCAAGCGUGCCCAGUAUGACCAGAAGAAACGGGCUGAAGCUGCUGCAAAGGAGCGGAUGCCGGCCAGAGGUGCACCUGGCACGUCGAGUCGAAGAGGCAACUGUGUGUUCGAAGACAUAACCCCCAGGGAAUACUCUACAGGCCCAAAGUACGAACCACGGCCUCCCCCGUCAAAGUCCUAUCGAGCUCCCCGCGAUCCCUCUCCGGUCUCGGUCGAUCGCCAGAGGCCGUCUCGCUACUCUGACGACGACUACGAAGAACAACGCUCGAGGUCGAGGAAGCAUGCUGACUACGAGAGAAGACAUCAUCAUUCCAAGACCCGAGACCCCUACGAGAAGAAGAGCAGCAGCAGCAGCAACAGCAAGGAUUACGCCAGACACGAGACGGCUCGCCACUCAAGGGAGAGGGCCAAGGAGACUCGAGAGUCGACUCGAAGUAGCCGUGCCAGCAAUGCCAAGUUCCGUGACAAGGAGCGCCGUCGAGACACUUCGGAAAAGUACAGUCGUACCACCUACUACGCCACUGUCGAAGAAUACACAGACGAGACCUCCUCCGAGUCUAGUUCUGACACUGACGACUUCAGCGAUCGUGAAUACACUCACCCCAUAAGAGAGCACCGACGACCAUCUGAAAAACCUAGACCAAAGCUUAGACGCCGGGAGGCAAACUACUCGUCUAGCUGGGAAAGCCCCAAGAUGGCUGCCGAUAUCGAAGGCGCAUGUGAAUACAUGAGAACCAAGGCUGGAUUGCACAAAGGGCCAACGCCCCAUGAAAGCAAACCCAGUGUCGUGUACAUCACCCCGUUAGGGAUGCAUCGAGAAAAGGAUACUGCUCGGCGUUCGUCUGCCAGGCCACGCAUGCCAGAACGAAGUCAAAGAGAUCCCACCGAUGUCUUUGAUAGCUCUUCCCGUCUCCACUCCUCCCACAACAUCCCAACCCGAGGCACGUUCUCUUCGUCCCGUCCUAUCCCCUCCCUCCGUCGAGCUGGCACUGUUCCGGUCGCCUCCUUCGAUACCAGCCACGUCGAACCGAUAGUUCCUCGUUCAGUCAAGAAGAAGGGCACCUUGUUUGACUCUGGAUACAACAGUCCAGCCAACAGCCCCCCAAUCAUCCCAUCCGGGGAUUUUAUACGCCCCAGCUCCCGCCAACCAAAGAUUAUCACCCCAGAAUUUCGGCACCGGCAGCAGUAA